AUGGUAUAAUUGUGACAUUUGAUGUUCAUCAGGGGAAAUCUGAAGAAUCAUUUGGUGUUGUUGAGUAAAACAGCAGACAGCAUUUGCGAUGGAGAUUUAGUGGACAAACAGAUCCGCUCCAGACAGGCAUGGUCUCUGCUUCCCACACAGGCGAUUUAUGCGAGCGUGUUGCCGGGGGAGCUGAUGCGGGGUUAUAUGAGUCAGUUUCCGACUUUUCCCAGCUGGUUGGGCAAGUUCUCAUCAGCUGGCAAACACAGGCGCAUCAUACAGGAGCUUGCUUCACACAUGAGCCUAAAAACGUUAAGUAGUAAGGAAGCCAUGAAUCUGGAUUACCUGCCGUAUUUGCGCUCAGCAAUAUUAGAGUCUCUUCAGUCGCAAGGUUCAGAGGGAGCCAGUCAGAGUGUGAAGCUCAUGGAUGAUUACGACAUCAUCAAAGAGGAUGUUGAUAACAUGAUGGAGAUCAGCAUGUGGGGCGGACAGCCGGAUCCUUACUCUAAACUAGACUCCAAGGUGAAAGCUGCAUUUACAAGAGCCUACAAUAAGGAAUCCCAUCUUACGCCGUACUCCUUACAAGUGGUGAAGAAAAGCCGUAAAGGUGCUGUUGACCCUGAGCUUAUAGGAGAGCUUGAAAGUGAAUCUCAGUUCCAGGAAGAGGAAGAAGACGAUGGGGUUACAGCAGAUGCAAUGAUCAAGCAGAAGAAAGCUAAACCAGCAAAAGACGUCAAGCAAGAGAAACCAGGGGCUUCUGGGAAGGGGAAAGGCAGGGGUAAAGGAAAGGCCAUGAAGUGAAUUAAACAUAGAAGGGAAUGAGACAGAAAGCCCUCCUCUCUCUCUGUUUUCACAAAGAUGUGAGUGGCUGAAUGACAUCAGCUCUAUACACAGAACUUUUUUGUCUGUGAGUCAUACUUGUGCACUUCCUGAAAGCCAUCACUCAGCUUAAGCUGCUUUCAGCAGAGCGGACACUGCAGGGACCAGGAGCUGGGGGUGGACCACACAUUUUCACAGAAGUUAUUAUAUAGUUCACGAUUCAUCAAGCAUACACACAUGCAUCAUACUGUUAACACAUGGCGCUGAAGCUAUAUUCAUCUCAAAGGUAAACAGAAUUAAGGGCACUUAAUGUCACUGUACUCGUGUAACCCUCAUGACAAAGUACACAAGCAUUUUAAUAUAUUAGCUUCAGCUUUUCACAUUUAAACACACAUACACCCUCUUCCACAUGGAUACCAACUGUACUUGCUGCAUGUCAGCUAGCUACCACACAUCGUGUAAAUAUGUAUCUGCCAUAUUAGCAUUUUUCACUUUGUUACUUUGAAUACUUGCUGAUAAAUAUAUAUAAAUAACCCCUUUCUUAGUGUUUUCUAUGGCAGUACUUUUGGAUUGAUAGUGUCUGAUAUUAACCUGAAGAUUAUCCUGUAAAUGACUGAAUGUGUGCGAUUCAAAAAUUAAAACGAGAAUUAUGUU